AGGAGGAAGGUGAUCACUUCUUUGAUAUGAUAAAGGAUGGCAUUCUUCUCAGUAAGUUGAUAAACGACUCAGUUCCUGGCUCAGUGGACGAGAGAGCCCUGAACUAUCCAAAAACUAAACCGCUCAACUACUUUAUGAUGCUGGAAAAUCAUAACUUGGUCCUGAACUCGUGUGUUGCCAUAGGUUGCCGCAUAGUUAACAUCAAACCUGAAGAUAUGGUUGACGGUGUUAAACAGUCCCAGCUGAACGUGGUAUGGCAGGUUAUUAGAGCCGGACUGAUGGCUCACAUCAACCUGAAGAGUUACCCCGGACUUAAGAUAUUGCUUAAUGAGGGAGAAACUGUGGCUAAGUUAAUGGCAAAAACUCCAGAAGAUCUCCUGGUACGAUGGGUAAACUUUCAUAUAAGGAGGGUGUGUGACCACAAACAGAUCAAGAACUUUUACAAAGACAUACAGAAUGGGGAGGCUUACACCUACCUGUUCACCGCUAUCGCACCUCAGGACACCGGACUUCUUCCUCUCAGGGAGACUGAUUUAGCAGACCGAAUGGACAUGCUCCUUGAAUACGCAAGAGAUCUUGAUGUAUUGAACUUCGUGACUCCCCGAGACAUCAUCAAGGCAACAUCAAGCUGAACACGGCGUUUAUUGCUCAACUUUUCAACGCUUUUCCGUCCUUAGAGGUAGAUGAUCAAGAAGACCAAAUUGAUGAUUUUGAUGAAAUGCAGUACAACGAUCAAACAGAAAUGUUCUUUGAAGAAACUAGAGAGGAAAAGAGUUUCAGACAUUGGUUGAACAGUCUCAACUUCACACCGUACGUCUCUUACCUUUACGAGGACCUAAAAGAUGGUUACCUCCUAUUACAGGUGUUCAACGUUUUGAAGCCAGGUAUGGUGAACCAGGACGAGAUAAACGUCCCUCCCUUCAAACCUCUCCAACAA